GAAUUUUCAGAUAUUUUGCUGCAAAUUUUCUUUUCACAUUGAUUUGAUAAGUCUACAUUUCUUUGGUUUGGUCMAGAGUGAUAGCUAACAAGUAGAUUCGGAAAAACAAUUUCAGACGGAAUGAGAAGUCUUAAUUACCACUGUCACCCCCGGGAAAAACCUUUUCUCAGAAGUAAGCGAUUUCCGGCAAGAAAAGGGCAACGAGAAAGAAUCGGAAAUGGCUACUUUGAAAGCGAGCAUAGCUGCUUGGAAAGCGAGCAUAGCUGCUUCAGAAUCGGAAAUAGCUGCUUCGGAAGCGGAAAUAGCUGCUUCGAAAGCGAAAAUAGCUGCUUCGGUAGCGGAAAUAGCUGCUUCCGAACAACACCUAAAAGACUUGACUCAAGAGCUAGAAAAACUUCGGGCCGAAUCAAAUGCAGCAGAAGAAAAUCACGAGGCCGCAAAAUCAGUGAUGGUGGACCUCACGGAAGAAACUUAUACUGAUGACGAGGAUAGCGGGGAAUCUACCAAGAAAGUAGGUUCGUCUGGAAGUAAACGAUCCAGGGCAUUGUCCACAACUAGCAACGGAGGCAUCGUUAGCCAAGGCGACGAAAGAAGAUCCUCUGUAAAGAAGAACGUUGACGCAACGACUCGUGGUUUUCUGCCUUUCCCCUCGAGCGAUGGUGGAUCCCGAUCGAAAAAGAAGUCCAAGACCCCUGCCGCUAGAAUCGUCUACCUACCCCCCAAGCAGCGGUCGAACUGUUCCAUCGGCCGGACCCGGGAGGAGCUAAACGAAAACAACAGAAUGGUCGAGUACAUGGAAUCGUGCAAGUUUGGGCGGUCUGAUGUCUGUAGGAAGUCUGGCAAGGUCCACGCUGUUGUGCUGAGCGAUAAGUGGAACGAUUUGGCAAAGCAGAACAAUCAGCCGCAGGUCUGGUACGUUGCAACCGGAGAGGGAAGAAAGGAUGCAGCCGAUAAGGUCGGGAAAUGGAAAGAGAGCAUUCCCAUCUUCCAUGUCCCUAAACAACCAGAAAACAGCGAAAAUAAGCUUUAUUAUGCUGGUCACUGGAAGGUGGAGAAGAUGGACAAGCUGAACCCCCCAAUAAAAUUCAAGCGUAGCCUCCGCAACAUGAAGCUGACCUUUGCAUUUGAUCGAUUCGACAGCAAAUUGAAUUCCAUCAUCCAGAAUAAUCAGAAUAAACCAAUCGAAAGGGAUGGGAGCGGCGGCAAUCAGAUAAAAGAGGAGGCAUAGCUUUAAAAGGAUUUUAUGAAUGAUACCAAUAUUCAUUGUGUUUUGUUUUCUCACCAAGUACUCGUACCGCAACGUUCGUGUUUGAGACCGCCUCCGAUGCAAAAACAAAAACUACAACUGAGC